AUGAUUGAUGACACUAUACCAUGUAUUAUAACGUCAAAUUCGAGUUCAUAUAUAGUUUGUCAAUCCCUAUUCAUCGGUGGUAGUAUUCAUAAAGUCAGUGUCAUUAAUUCACAAAAUAGUAUUGAUUUAUCAUUUACUAUGAUGUAUCCACUCGUGACUGCAUUUGACUAUGAUAGAAAUGAUACUAGAAACAUUAUAUUGUAUGGAGAGUUUGGAAGCAAUGGACAAACCAAUCCAGCGGUCUAUCUAAAUGAAACAGUGUAUUGUCAAGUAACCUAUGCAUCCCAAUCAUUACUGAAUUGUAAAUUGGCUAAUCCACCAUCAUUUGGUAAUGCUUCGGUUUCUGUCAUUAUUGAUUCAUUUAUAUUUAAUCGUACAAAUGCCCUCAACUUUGUUAAUAAUAAUAAUAACAACAACACUAGUGGUGGUAGUAGUAGUAAUAUUUCACCAAUCGAACAAUGUGAACAAUCUACUUUUAAAUGUUAUGGUCAUGGUGAAUGUGACUCUUUUGGUAAUUGUCAAUGUUAUCCAAAUUAUGAUCAAUUAGAUAAUUGUAAAAAUAUGUAUACAAAUACAACACCAAUUAUUGAUCCAAAAAAACCAACAACAUCAUUUAAUAUUGAUGGUAUAGAAUUUGAUUUUGAAAUUAUUUCAAUUCAAGAAUUGGAUUUGGAAGAGAAUAUUGUAAAAGAAUUGUUGGCCGAUAAUUGGAACUCUAACAUUACAAUAACUCCAUCUAUUACUAUCGCCAAUUACCAAUUAAAUAUUACCAACAACAACGAUACUACUACUACUACUACUACUAAUAUGAUGAGUCAUUACGGAAACACAUCAGUCUCGGCAACCAUUUCAUUUUCAUCGCAAGCGAGAACAGUCACCUUUGGAAGUCAACAACUAGACAUUAAUCCAAAUGCAAUUAAAUUGGCUGUCAAUAUUAGUGGUUGGCAUUUUGAUACUAAUCUUUCCUACCUCCGAGUAGUAUUCCAAACGUCAUCGAUCAAUAAUACACAAUCAUAUACCUAUGAUUGUAACGACUACCGUCUAGACCCUCUAUCAUUUGAUGAGUAUGGGACAACACUGCAAUACUUGCGUGUUGUAAAGGACAACGUCCAAUUUAAUGGUAGAUUCAUCGAUUAUUCAGUGGCUGAUGGUAGACCAACGUAUUCGCGAACCAAACUCAUCUCGCUUACACCAAAUACCAAGGCUGCACUUGACAACACGUCAUCGGCAUUGAUCGGAGUGUACCUUAGUCAGUGUCAAGAGUGUUUGCUCGACCCCGACUUUACACCUUUGCUCAUUGACAAGGGUGACACUCGUUGUGGCAGCGACCAAUCAAACAACACUUGGCGUAUCAUUGUCGGUGCUGUAGUUGGUGGUAUUGGUAUGGUUGCCGUUGCUAUUGGUUCUGCUCUUCUAAUACAAAAGAAAAAAAUCUACAAUCGAAAUAUAAAAGCAUUACAAGCUAAAAUGAAAGCAUUUGAAUGA